AAAUUGAUUUGUGCGAGAAUUUUACAUAAACCCUAGAAAAGUCUUUUGUUUUUUCCGUCUUCUUCAGUUAUGCCGGUAAUGAAUCCAUCAUUGUGUAUUGGUACACAACCAUCGGUGUACCUCGCUCCUCGUGGAGAACAUCAUUUUACGACUAAUGGAAACUCUCAUAGGCGUUCUCCUACAAGUGUUUCUAUGCAACGUCAGCGGUCGAGCCAGAGUAAAUUUCCUUCUCUCCAGGCUGUUGGAACGCGCCCAGUGCAAUCAGUUGUCGUCUCUAAGAAUAAACGAUCUGUCUUUGCGUGUAACUCUGCUCUGAAUUCAAAAUGCAGUCAAGGGCAAACACAGACCGUUACGCGGCAAUCACCAACAAUCACACAAGUUCCUACUCAUGGAAAAGAGAAAUCACCAAAGCUUGAUGACGGUGGAAACGGAUUCCCGCCUCGAGAUGAUGGUGGUGGUGGUGGUGGCGGAGGCGGUGGAGGGAGCUCUUCAGGUGGAUUCUUCCUCUUCGGGUUUCUUUUGUUCAUGGGAUACUUGAAAGAUUUGGAGGGCGAACAUGAAAACAACCAUUAAAGAGGGAAAGAUGAUUCACAACAGACAAAUCUCAAGACAAGUAUUCUCCAAAUGAAAUCGUGUAUCAGAGACAAUAGAUUCUACUAGCAAUAGGCACAGAUCUUAUGUUUUCUCAGUUGGGUUAUGGAAUAAGAUUCUUGUUCCGUG